AUGAAAUUUUCCAAUACUCAAAAUACUUUACUGAUCAGUUUAGGUUUAGCUUCUACUGGUUUAGCUGUUGUAUCGAACUCUUCCAUCCCAGCUCUGUCAACAUCCGUUGCACCAUCUGGAGUUACAUCGUCUCUUCCAAUCAGCUUUUCUUCUUUAAUUAGUACUGAAGCUCCAUCUAGUAUUCCACCAGUUUCAUUACCAAGUCCUAUUGAUAAUGGUACUACUACUACUACAACUAAUGCAGUACCUUCCUCUAUUCCACCAAUCUCAUUACCAAGUCCAAUUCAAAAUGUAACUACGUCAUCCGCUGUGGCACCUCCUGUUUACACCACUACUACUUCUAACAUUUUCAACAACUCUUCAUCUAUUCACAACAGUCUACCAACAACAACGUGGACUACUGAAACUGAAGUUGUCACUGCUAUAACUACCUAUUGUCCUGAACCAACUACUAUUAUUACCAACGAUAAGACUUACACUGUCACAGCACCAACUACUUUGACUAUCACUGACUGUCCUUGUACUAUUACAAAGACAACUCCUGUUAGUACUGCUUGGACCACGGAAACUGAAGUUGUUACCGCAUUCACUACUUAUUGUCCUGAACCAACCACUAUUGUUACCAACAGUAAGACUUAUACAGUUACUGGCCCAACUACCUUGACCAUUACAGAUUGUCCAUGUACCAUCACUAAGACUACUCCAGUUGGCAAGAACCCAUCUGCUACUGUCACUACCACAAAGUCUACUCCUACUGCGUCAAGUCACACUACAAAGAGAUCUUCCACAAUCGUUUCUGUCACCAGACAACCUUCUGCCGCUCCAUCUUCAACUCACACAGUUAUUCCAAACGCUAAUGCUGCUGUCAAUAACUACGUCAAUGUUUCCAUUAUCGGUCUAUUAUCAAUUCUAUCCUCAAUGUUAUUCUUGUAA